UUUAUGUGCCAUAAAAAUGGCGGAGUCGGAGGAGGAGGUGGACGUCUUGGUCCAGAGAGUUGUCAAAGACAUCACUAACGCCUUCAAGAGAAACCCCAACAUUGAUGAGAUUGGUGUAAUCCCAUGUCCAGAGGCUCGCUACAACCGCAGUCCCAUUGUGUUGGUGGAGAAUAAGCUGGGAGUGGAGAGCUGGUGUGUCAAGUUCCUGCUGCCAUAUGUCCACAACAAGCUGCUGCUCUACCGCCAGCGUAAACACUGGCUGGACAGGGAAGCUUUAGUGGAUAUCACCUGCACUCUGUUGCUGCUUAACCCGGACUUCACCACGGCAUGGAAUGUCAGGAAGGAGCUACUGCAGUGCGGCGUUCUGAACCCAGAGAAGGAUCUGUACCUGGGCAAACUGGCCCUCACCAAAUUCCCCAAGAGCCCAGAGACGUGGAUACACCGACGCUGGGUGCUGCAGCAGAUCCUGUGUCAGUCCUCUGCGGGGGGUCGCAGCAGGGUGAAGCAACAGCAGCAGGACGAAGCAGAGCAGGCUGAUGCAGAGAGGAGCCAGCAGCUCAGUGACCAUCUGGCCAGGACACUCCACCAAGAGAUGAAGGUGUGCUGUGACGCUGCCUGCCGCUACCCCAGCAACUACAACGCCUGGUCCCACCGCAUCUGGGUGCUGCAGCACAUGGCCAUGGGCAACGUCAAGGUUUUCCAUGAUGAGCUGUCCUCCAUGCGCCUAUGGGUGUCCAUGCAUGUUUCUGACCACAGUGGCUUCCACUACCGCCAGUUCCUGCUCAAGGAGCUGAUCACUGAGCUCUCCCAGGCUCCAGCUUCCACCACCAGUUCACCCCAGCACCACUCCAGCACAGUCCCCAGCAGCAGUCCCCACCACCACAGCCACGCCCAGGCUAACGGGGAGCUGUCAGGAGCAGAGGCAGCGGGUGAGGAGGAGAAGCAGCUCAGCUUCACCGCAGUCCUUCAACUCUUCCACCAGGAGAUGGAGCUGUGCUCAGACCUGAUCCAGUCCUUUCCUGGACACGAGACACUCUGGAGUCACAGGCGGCAUGUCUUCUACUUGUGGCACUACUGGAGGAGGGAACACCAGCACCACUGCAGCAACAACGGAGACAGCGAGUCUGUUCACCUUAACGACAGCGACCCGGGCCUGCAGAAGGUCAGCGCUCAAGGCUGUGCAGGCCGGGGGGAGAGUGCGAAUGGACAGAGGAAUGCUAGUGAAGCUAUGGAAGUAGACGGGGCGUCCUUGCCAGACCCCCGUGACAGCAAGCGACUGAAGAGAGGCGUCCUGCCGCCUGACCCCCCCGCCCUGCCGUCUGAGCACAGCUUUGUGAGCAGUAUCCUGGACAACUGCUGUAACCCCGAGCAGAGACGUUUCGCCCUGGCAUAUAAGAAAUGGUUAGACACUGUUAUUGGUCAGCAGCCGUGAGAGAGAGACAGAGAGAACAGUUAGCCCCAUCCUUUCUCAAUAUUGAAGUUGCCUUUAGACACAGAUUUAGGAUCAGCUUGCCUACCUGUAGUGCUGAGUAUAACUAAUAGUACUUCAGAUGCAGUGGUGACUUUAGAAACCAGUCAUGGGGCAGCCUGGAUACUGUCCUAUCCUCCUGACAGUGAGGAGAGAGGAUGGGUCUCUAGCCUGUUCUUCCUCGGAAACAUCUGGAUUCCCUUGAGCUUCAUCUGAGCCAGAACCCCUUCAGAAUGGAAAUCUGUACACAUAGAGCCUAUUUGCUCACAAUGUGUGUGUCAGUAGAUUCUGUUCUUAUUUCAGGUGUCUCACUGCCUCAGGUCAAAUUUCCACUGCUCUUUUUAUUGCCGGUUUGGCAUUCACCUGCACAUCAUUGCUGUUCAAAUAGUUCAGCAAAAAGCCGAAAUGAAGCUGCCACAGGAGGAGGAAUAAUGUCUUUGCAGAGGUGAGAGCAGAGCAGAAUUUACACUCUGACACAGUCUGACACACUAAAAAUCACACUUGUUGGACCUGAUUGUAUGGAAUGCCAAAAUAGCCAAUAUUAUCAAAAUGAAUAUGUAAAAUAUAUAAUGACCCAAAAAUUGUGACAUAACUAAAACAUUUGUUAAAACUCAGUUCAUGAUUGUGAAAUGUUGUUUCAUCAUUCAUAUUUUCAUAGCUGCAGUUUUAUUGGAGGUCAUUUUUAUUUCAAAUUUCAAGUCUGUUCUCAAGCGAUUGGCUGAAAGGGGAAGCAGUGGGGAGCAAUGGAAACAGCUCUGUCAUGAAAAGUGACGACAAAUGUCAUUAUAAAAUAAAAAAGUUACUACUGUUACUAGUGAUGAAGUGUUUCACAAUAAUGAGUUUUGAUCAUUUACACCAUUCGUAAUUUUUGAAGUUUUGGCCCGUUUUUGGCUGGUUAAACUUUUAUUUUUUGGAAUGGAAUGACAGUGGCUCUGACUAAAUGUCUUCCUGACAUUUAAUUAUUGAUUGAUUGAUUUUUUUCUCCAGCUGCACGUUCACACCUCCUAAGAGCAAUGUGUUAAAAUUCACUCCGGCCUCCCUUGUUGCAAUGGCAGGUUUUAAGCACAGCCAGACUCCUGUUUUGUUUGAGGUUCCUUAGAUUUCCAUUCUGAAGGUGGUAACACUUAUUAACCAUGUCAUUAUCUCGUUCGUUUCUUCUGUUGGUCCUUGUUUGUCGUUGCUGGUCGAUUUCUACCCUCUAAUUUUACUGGUGAAUAUAGUCAGUGAGUCCUAACUAUGUAGCUAAGUUGAAGUAGCUUGCAACAGAAAGCCAAAAAGCUAGUUGUUAGCUAAAAAAAAAAAAAAGGUUGUUUUGCUAUGUGAAAGGUUAGUCAUAGCUAACUUGCAAGUCUUACAUUUUGCCAACCUGAAGCAUUAAAUGUCUGAGCAGAGAGAUGUUAGCUUUCCAGUUUAGCGGUACUGAUGUUUGGCUUUGAAGGAUAGAGUGCUGGGGAAGUGAGUCCCUUGACAUUCACUGGUGCUACAUGUUGCCGUUACUACAAGUAUCUGUUACAGGGAUGUAGCGUGCAACAGGUGAAAACUGUACAGCACUUUGGAGUAUUUGAUGAUAGCAGGCAAUCAUUGUUUUGUUGGAUAUCAUUGCUAAACAACAAUAUGACAAUUCUUUGAAUUAUUGUCUGUUAUUUUGCACCAGGUUAGCUAACAGUAGGCCUAGCUGUUUUAUGUCACUACCUUGUAUAGAAAUAGACAUAAUAUCAAAAGGUCAAAAUCUACAUUAUAUCUUUGUGUUGAGGAAUAAUUUAUAGCAUUACUUAUAACAUUUUAACAUGCUGUAUCUGCACAGUUCAUCCUUCAGUAAUGUAGAGGGUGAAAUGAUAGCUCCUCUCACUACAUUGUGUCCUCUGUAUUGAUAAGGGAAGAAUGGUGUUCUUAAAUUUGAAUCGAACAAAUCUGAAGUCAGCUCUAAUCCAGAUAGUUGGAUAGAAAAUAUAAAGGAGUGCACUUUGAGUAGGAUCCAUCUUUUUGUUGCCCAAGGGUGUUAUGGGCCGUUGUUACUAGUUGUUUAGCUGUCAAUGAUAUGUUAGUACACAAAGAACAAAUACAUAAAUUUACACAUGUAACAUUGUUGUUCCUCAGUGUAGCCAUUACCAUUCAUUAUACAUAUGUACUAUGUGGUCACAUGCACCCCUGAUCACACCUAAAUGUGGAAGGAGCAUUUGUGUCCCAGUGGGGUCUUGAUCCAAUCUGGGUGCAGUCACAUCUGUAUAUAGAGGUUUGAUUGGAUUGCCUACAUUGGCUUGUUCUUAAAGACAAAAUGGCAGAUUUGAGGAGAAAAGGAAAUGCUGCAUUUGGUUUCAGUGGCCACAGUGUGCACAGGCUGGCUAGCCAAAAUUGCCUAGCUCCUCAUUACAGUCUCCAUGUGCUUCCAUGUAACCCUUACCAUGUUGUACUUAGCUUCUCUUAUAAACCUACAAAGUAAGAGUUAUGAAGUAAAAUGCUUUAUCACCUUAAAUCACUGUGUACAUGAUCAUAGAUAAUCUUGAAACUAGUAUUUUUGAGCCAUGUAUUCUUUAGGUUUGUUCAUCAAGAAUGGGUGCAUAUCAGACCUGUAUGGUGGGGACAUUUAAACUUUCAGACCUAGAACACAAACUUUGAAUACAAGACUAUCUAUGCAGAUUUUUUUUUAAGGUUCAACAAGCUUUUAAAAAGAAUAAUGUAGCUUCUGUUUUUCUAAUUUAUUCUUCAGUUGACGUCAGUGGAGGAUAUGUACUUAAUGAAUAUCCCUUAGCAUCUCAUUAAUUUUCUAUUUAUUUAUAGGGUUUAAGUCUUUAUCUUCAUUUUCACUGUUUUGUCAUCUGCUUACCAAGAAAUAAAGCUCAUCUG